CAGUGGUUGGUUGGCAGUAGGUAUAUAAAGACGUGUGUGUUUAACAGCUGUGUCAAACUCUGUUCAUCAGCCAUGGACAAAAGUGUGCUGCUGGUCCUGUUGUGUCUGCAGGUUUUCCUGCUCAUCACAGCCUUCACUUCUACUGAUGCAGCCGCUGUGGUGAGAGAUGAUCAGCUGCCUCCUGAUCAGGUGGAGAGGAGAAUUGGAAACAGACGAAAGAGAUAUUUCCAGGCUGGCUCUUACUCAGGAGGAACUGGACUGGCAAUGAAGACUGUCCCUCAGGGUUUGCCAGGCCCUUAUCCCCCCAGACAUGAUGGAUAUUUCAUGUGUGGCUAUUACGCAGGAGGAUGUGUGAUUGGUCAGGCGAGCAAGCCAAGCCCUCCUCCUCCUCCUCCUCCCCCCAGACCAGACACACAGGCCUGAGAGAUUAAAGACCAGCCUCAUGGACCAAGGAGUGGAUGUGAUAAUAUUGAUAAGUGAUUGAUAUUGAGCUUACUGAGCUACUUCCAUGCGAUCAUGUAUCUGCUGCAUCACACACACACACACACACACACACACACACACACACUGCUCUGAUUGUAUCUUGUGUUUAAGAAAACAGCACUGUUAGUGAAUGACUUCAAACAAAAUGUAUUGGUAUUAUGCUCCAUAGUUUUGCUGCCAGCAGCUACAUGUACUAGAGUCAACAGUGAGUGACAGAGAAUCACUCACUGCUGUGCUGAAUAAAGAGCUCACAUUGUUUGACAGCAUGUGUUCCACUACAAGAUCUAUACAUGUCACAGUCACAAUAAAAUGUCUUCCUGAUUAAAAACAAUCAAAAGCACAAA